CAGAGAGAAUGGCCAGCAGGAAGGCGGGGACCCGAGGCAAAGUGGCGGCCACCAAGCAGGCCCAACGUGGUUCUUCCAACGUCUUUUCCAUGUUUGAACAAGCCCAGAUCCAGGAGUUCAAGGAAGCCUCUCCCCUUCCUCCCACCUUCCCUAGAGCUGGGGGCUGCUCCCAACUGAAGGCCCCCAUCCCACAGGCCUUCAGCUGUAUCGACCAGAAUCGUGAUGGCAUCAUCUGCAAGGCAGACCUGAGGGAGACCUACUCCCAGUUGGGGAAGGUGAGUGUCCCAGAGGAGGAGCUGGACGCCAUGCUGCAGGAGGGCAAGGGUCCCAUCAACUUCACUGUCUUCCUCACGCUCUUUGGGGAGAAGCUCAAUGGGACAGACCCCGAGGAAGCCAUCCUGAGUGCCUUCCGCAUGUUUGACCCCAGUGGCAAAGGGGUGGUGAACAAGGAAGAGUUUAAGCAGCUUCUCCUGACCCAGGCAGACAAGUUCUCUCCAGCUGAGGUGGAGCAGAUGUUCGCCCUGACACCCAUGGACCUGGCGGGGAACAUCGACUACAAGUCACUGUGCUACAUCAUCACCCAUGGAGACGAGAAAGAGGAAUGAGGGGCAGGGCCAGGCCCACGAGGGGGUACCUCAAUAAACUCUGUUGCCAAAUUGGAA